UGUCGAUAAGCCUCGCAGCGCCUUCAGAUUAAGCCACGGCAGCUCUUAUCCGCUCAGCUCGCCAGGCCAAUCCCAGUGCGCACUACAGGGAUCUCCUCAAGCCCACCGUUGCCCCUCUUGGGUUCACCGUUCGGGGAUCCGCUGUGACUUCGCCACGGGUGGUGGUGGUCUCGAAGCCGAAAGUGCACGUCUCCCUCCGAGCGAGGAGUUUCGCUGCUCUUUCGCUCCUGCAACCCGGAGCCAGAAGGUUUCAUCCCCCCUUUGAUCUCCUGGAACUUUGCCCGGCCAUGUAAAGACGCCCCUCCCCUUAGUCGGAUGCCGCGCAAGAAGGCUGCAGACCGCGUGGGUCCGGUCAAGACCCGAAGCCGCAGUGGCUGUAAAGAAUGCCGCGCCAGUCGAGUCCGCUGCGAUCUGAAGAAACCGAUCUGCACCAGGUGCCUUGAGAAGGGCCUAGUAUGCUCGACCCAACUCGUUCUCAAGUGGGAGUCCGAGUUCGUUAGCCGCGGCUUGGCUUUUGGUAGAGCCGGCGUUUGGAGUAAGGCUCGGGCUGCCGGCGGACUUCCUCCUCCUCCUGGAAAGUCUUCGGCUUCGUUCCUCCUUCGCGAUCAGGAAUGGUGUCCUAUUCCCCUUAUCGAGUCGUGGGGCUUCGUCAAUAGUGGGGUUUCGACUUUUGAACAGCCUUAUGAGGUUAAUGUUGCCUGUGAUGAGUUGAAUGCUCUUGUCGUCCGGGACAAGGGCAAGAACCCGGCGCUGGAUGACUUGCUAGAUGAGAAUCCAGAGUGGUCUUUAUCACCCUCAUCGUUGUCGUCUCCAUUCUCGAUACGUGAGACUUCCGACUACUGCUCGCCUGUCCCACUUGUCUCUCCGCACCUGACCCCGCCUUUAUCGAUGUUCCCCAGUCUCUCAGACUCCAAUCAGGGUCUCCUCUUUGAUUACUAUCUCCAGCAAGUUUGUCCCCGGACCACCGCUAGCUCGAAGCUAUCCUCCCCUUUUGCUUCCAUCAUCCUCCCCUUCUGCAUGUCCGCAUCUCCAAUCCUAUUCAAAGCCAUUCAGGCUCUUGGAGCAUGUCACUGGUCACGCUUCGACUCAACCUACAGUGUCAUCGGCCUCCGCCUCAAAUCAGAAGCCCUACGAGGCCUUCGCCACCGUCUUUCAACCGAAGGCUCCCUCCUCUGCUCCGCAGACCCCGAGGUCCUAGCGAUCAUGAUGAUGUUAUGUCUCUACGAAAUCGUCGACAACUGCGACCAACGCUGGACCAUCCACUUAAAAGGCGCCAAAGAAUUGAUCCGCAUCCGCCGGCAGCAACAACAACUAACUUCCUCCCGACCCCGUCAAUCUCUCGACCCCGUCUCAGCCUUCGCCGAGCUCUUCUUCGCCUUUCAAGACGUCAUGGGCCGCACCGCCUGCGGCGAAGAAGUCCUCUUCGGAUCCGACUACUGGCAAGAAAACAACCGCCACAUCGACCUCUGGAUGGGCUGCAGCCCCGAACUUGUCUCCAUCCUCUCCUCAAUUACAGAAAUGAGCCGCACCAGGCGCCAACUCACCUCCGAUGCUGCCCGCAAAGCGUUCUCCCACCGUGCCGCCUCUCUUGGCCGCAGACUCGAGAACCUUGUUCAAGAAACAACCGACGACGACAACGACACCGACGACGGAAGUCUUCGCUCCGCCGCCGAACUGAAACGUUUAGCAGCCGUGCUAUACCUUCACUGCGCACUAUAUGGCGCAUCUCCCUCCACACCACUGGUAAUUAACUAUGUCCGACGCAUCCUGCGUCUAGUCUCUGACCUGCUCGACUCCGGCUCCCUCGUCAGUAUGACCUGGCCUGUGUUCGUAGCGGCCGUUGAAUUGGACCCGCUUCACGACGAAGUCUGGCGUGAUGAUACCGGCGAGAGCGUGGUAUAUGGUCGGCCUCUGGUGUUGCGUGCGUUGGCGGCUAUGGCGGAAUCAAGUGUGUCGAAUGUGGCGAGGACGAGAGCCGUCAUUGUCAAGAUUUGGCAGGCCCGGGAUAGUGAUAUGCUCAAGGGGUCGCCGGUGGAUGCAGCGGAUGAUAGUAUUGCGGGAUGUAAUGAUUGGGAGUGGUAUGUUGCGCCGAUAAGCACGGCGAUGAGUUUGGCUUGAGGUGCGCUGGUGGCAAAACGAGAAAGUGUUGGAUGUGCGGGAUAUCGCUAACAUAUGCUAUGCAAGUGCGGUGGGCAGGAAAAUGAGGACACAGCGCUUUGUUUUGAGCGCUUAAAUGACUAUAUGAUUUGAAUGUUCUUGUAGGAUUAGGUAUACUGGUUUUGGGACUUUGUUUGGCUUCAAUGUAUAGUGACUUGGACUCAGAUUGAUAAAUUGGACAUAUUCAC